CGGCGCGGGGUCACCAGCCAGCGCGAACCUGGACAUGGAGCCCCCCGGCGGGGGCCUGGGGCCCGGCCGCGGGGCCCGGGACAAGAAGAAGGGCCGGAGUCCGGACGAGCUGCCUUCGGCGGGCGGCGACGGCGGCAAAUCCAAGAAAUUUACUCUGAAGCGGCUCAUGGCAGAUGAGCUGGAGAGAUUUACCAGCAUGAGAAUUAAGAAGGAAAAAGAAAAGCCCAAUUCUGCACAUCGAAAUUCUUUAUCAUAUGGUGAUGAUCCCACAGCACAGUCAUUGCAAGAUGUUUCAGAUGAGCAAGUUCUAGUACUCUUUGAACAGAUGCUGGUGGAUAUGAACCUGAACGAGGAGAAACAGCAGCCUCUGAGGGAGAAGGACAUUAUCAUCAAGAGAGAGAUGGUGUCCCAGUACUUGCACACCUCCAAGGCUGGCAUGAGUCAGAAGGAGAGCUCCAGGUCGGCCAUGAUGUACAUUCAGGAGUUGAGGUCAGGCUUGCGGGAUAUGCCUCUGCUCAGCUGCCUGGAGUCCCUUCGCGUCUCCCUCAACAACAACCCUGUUAGCUGGGUGCAGACAUUUGGUGCUGAGGGCCUAGCCUCCUUAUUGGACAUCCUGAAACGACUUCAUGACGAGAAAGAGGAGACUGCUGGAAGCUACGAUAGCCGUAACAAGCAUGAGAUCAUUCGCUGCUUGAAAGCUUUUAUGAACAACAAGUUUGGAAUCAAGACCAUGUUGGAGACAGAAGAAGGAAUUCUGCUGCUGGUCAGAGCCAUGGAUCCUGCUGUUCCCAACAUGAUGAUUGAUGCAGCUAAGUUGCUUUCUGCUCUUUGUAUCCUGCCACAGCCGGAGGACAUGAAUGAAAGGGUUUUGGAGGCGAUGACAGAAAGAGCUGAGAUGGAUGAGGUGGAACGUUUUCAGCCACUGCUGGAUGGAUUAAAAAGUGGGACGUCCAUUGCUCUCAAGGUGGGAUGCCUACAGCUGAUCAACGCUCUCAUCACACCAGCUGAAGAACUUGACUUCCGAGUUCACAUCCGAAGUGAACUGAUGCGCUUGGGGCUGCACCAGGUGUUGCAGGACCUUCGAGAGAUUGAAAAUGAUGAUAUGAGAGUGCAGUUAACUGUGUUUGAUGAACAAGGGGAAGAAGAUUCUUAUGACCUGAAGGGACGGCUGGAUGACAUUCGAAUGGAGAUGGAUGACUUCAGUGAAGUCUUCCAGAUUCUCUUAAACACAGUGAAGGAUUCAAAGGCAGAGCCACACUUCCUGUCCAUCCUGCAACACCUACUCUUAGUCCGAAAUGACUAUGAGGCCAGACCGCAAUACUAUAAGUUGAUUGAAGAAUGUAUUUCUCAGAUAGUUCUGCAUAAGAAUGGGGCUGACCCUGACUUCAAGUGCCGGCACCUCCAGAUUGAUAUCGAGGGAUUGAUUGAUCAAAUGAUUGAUAAAACAAAGGUGGAGAAAUCUGAAGCCAAAGCUACAGAGCUGGAAAAAAAGCUGGACUCAGAGUUAACAGCCCGACAUGAGCUACAGGUGGAAAUGAAAAAGAUGGAAAGUGACUUUGAGCAGAAGCUCCAAGACCUUCAGGGAGAAAAGGAUGCAUUGGAUUCUGAAAAGCAGCAAAUUGCCACAGAGAAACAGGACCUGGAAGCAGAAGUGUCUCAGCUCACAGGAGAGGUUGCCAAGCUGUCCAAGGAGCUGGAAGAUGCCAAGAAAGAAAUGGCUUCUCUUUCUGCUGCAGUAACUGCAGCGACUCCUCCUAGCAGUGCUACUGCUCUUCUUGCCUCUCCUUUACCUGCUGACUCUGGCGCUGUUACUCUACCCUCACCCCCUUCUUUACCAGGAGAGGUUAGCACAGCCUCUGAACCCCCUCUUUCUGCGGGUGGGACCGUUGCUUCUCCACCACCACCACCUCCUCCUCCUCCUUUGCCUGGGAGUGCUUGCAUCCCCCCACCCCCUCCUUUGUCUGGGGGUGCUUCCAUCCCCCCACCCCCUCCUUUGCCUGGGGGUGCUUCCAUCCCCCCACCCCCUCCUUUGCCUGGGGGUGCUUCCAUCCCCCCACCUCCUUUGCCUGGGGGUGCUUGCAUCCCCCCACCCCCUCCUUUGCCUGGGGGUGCUUCCAUCCCCCCCCCACCUCCCCCUUUGCCUGGGGGUGCUGGCAUCCCCCCACCUCCUCCUCCCUUGCCUGGAGGACCAGGAAUGCUACCUCCCCCUCCCCCUCUUCCUGGUGGAAUCCCUCCACCCCCUCCAUUUCCUGGAGGCCCUGGCAUUCCUCCACCUCUACCUUUUGGAUUUGGAGUUCCUGCAGCCCCAGUUCUGCCAUUUGGAUUAACCCCAAAGAAACUUUACAAGCCAGAGGUGCAGCUCCGGAGGCCAAAUUGGUCCAAGUUUGUCGCUGAGGACCUUUCCCAGGACUGCUUUUGGACAAAGGUGAAGGAGGACCGCUUUGAGAACAAUGACCUUUUCGCCAAACUUACCCUUACCUUCUCUGCCCAGACCAAGACUUCAAAAGCCAAGAAGGAUCAGGAAGGUGGAGAAGAAAAGAAAUCUGUGCAAAAGAAAAAAGUGAAAGAGUUGAAAGUGUUGGAUUCAAAGACGGCCCAGAAUCUCUCCAUCUUUCUGGGUUCCUUCCGCAUGCCCUAUCAAGAGAUUAAGAAUGUCAUCCUGGAGGUGAAUGAGGCUGUUCUGACAGAGUCUAUGAUCCAGAACCUCAUUAAGCAGAUGCCAGAGCCAGAGCAGUUAAAAAUGCUUUCUGAACUGAAGGACGAAUAUGAUGAUCUGGCUGAGUCGGAGCAGUUCGGUGUGGUGAUGGGCGCUGUGCCCCGCCUGCGGCCUCGCCUCAACGCCAUCCUCUUCAGGCUGCAGUUCAGCGAGCAAGUGGAGAACAUCAAGCCAGAGAUUGUCUCUGUGACUGCCGCGUGUGAGGAGUUGCGGAAGAGCGAGAACUUCUCUAGUCUCCUGGAGAUUACCUUGCUUGUCGGAAACUAUAUGAAUGCUGGCUCCAGGAAUGCUGGUGCUUUCGGCUUCAACAUCAGCUUCCUCUGUAAGCUUCGAGACACCAAGUCCGCAGAUCAGAAGAUGACGUUACUGCAUUUCUUGGCUGAGUUGUGUGAGAAUGACUACCCUGAUGUCCUCAAGUUUCCCGAUGAGCUUGCCCACGUGGAGAAAGCCAGCCGAGUUUCUGCCGAAAACUUGCAAAAGAACCUAGAUCAGAUGAAGAAACAAAUUUCUGAUAUGGAACGUGACAUUCAGAACUUCCCAGCUGCCACAGAUGAGAAAGACAAGUUUGUUGAAAAAAUGACCAGCUUUGUGAAGGACGCCCAGGAACAGUAUAACAAGCUGCGGCUGAUGCACUCCAACAUGGAGACCCUCUACAGGGAGCUGGGCGACUACUUCCUCUUUGACCCCAAGAAGGUGUCUGUGGAAGAAUUCUUCAUGGAUCUGCACAACUUUAAGAAUAUGUUUGUGCAAGCAGUCAAGGAGAACCAGAAGCGGCGGGAGACAGAAGAAAAGAUGCGGCGAGCAAAACUAGCCAAGGAGAAGGCAGAGAAGGAGCGGCUGGAGAAGCAGCAGAAGAGAGAGCAGCUCAUAGACAUGAAUGCUGAGGGCGAUGAGACGGGCGUGAUGGACAGUCUCCUGGAAGCCCUGCAGUCGGGCGCAGCGUUCCGGCGGAAGAGAGGACCCCGUCAGGGAGCCAACAGGCGGCCCGGCUGUGCCGUCACGUCCCUGGUAGCCUCGGAUGUGCUCAGUGAGGACACCGUCAUCUCUGAUCCUGUUCCUGCCAAGGUGCCCAGGAAGAGGGAGGAAGUCCCCACCAUCCUUGAGGAAACCAAGGAGCUGCUCGGCCGCGCAAGCUGAGCUGAGUCCUGCGGCCAUGGCAGCGCCGCAGUGGAGCCCAGGCUGUCCCGCCCUGAGCACGUGCCUGACGGGUCCGGAGACACUCCUCUGGUGGCCACCCCCACCACCCCGGCCCUGUCUCUCUCUCCACCCUGCUGCUCUCCGUACAUCACACACAGCUUCAGCUGCCUGGGGCCGGAAGGAAGGGCAGCGUGCGGGCCUGAGCCGGCCUGGCCAGCCCUGGCUCUCGUGUUACCAAAGCAGGUUCCGUGUUUGCUGCCUUAACCCCAAGUGUCUCCUCUGCUCUGUGGCCUCGUCUCAGACAAGGCCCCGCCUGACUCUCAGCCCCUGCCUCUCGGGGGGGCUUCUCCCUAGGUCAGUCUUGCUGGAUCUGUGCUUUUCUUUUAUGUGUCCUCUGACUCUGAGAAGGAACAGCAUGGGUUUGUGAACCUUUGGGCUCCGUCCCUCUUUUCAUCACUGUCACCCUGCUCUGCUCUUCCCUCCCUGGCUCUUGUUCAUUACUAGUGGUGUGGCAUAGGGAGCUGCUUCCAAGGAAGUAGGGAGCAAGCCCCCCUCUUACCCCAGCUUUUGGGAAACACCUCCCAAAACAAAAAGACCCGGAUCCCUUUAUCUGUCCCCCUGUGGCCGAGGCCAGAGCCUGUGUGUGGGCAGAGACGGGGAAACUCGCCCGUGCCUGCUACCGCCCUUCAUGCCCUCGCCUCUUGGGACCCUCUGCACCAGCCCCAGGCUACCCUGGCCCUCCCCAUGCCCUCCCCAGAGUUAAUCUGGAGGAUGCGCUGUACUGUCACCACCCCAACACCUCACCUUCUGUCUCCAAGGAAAUGGGAGGUGGAGCCUCCUGGCUGAGAAAUUGUUUUGCAAAUCGAUCUAUUUUUAUAUGAAUUUUUUUUAAGCAAAACUAACUCUUCCUUACCCCCUUCUCCUCCAUAAUGUAAGAGGCUUCGAUGGCAGGUUCCAGAGUCCCUGGGAUUUCUCCUCACAAGCCUCCAUCCUGAACAAGCCCCUGGACCGACCUCCACCUCAGCCCUCAAGCCUCUGGGUCCUUGAGGCCAGUGCAGAUUCUCUCCCAGCAUCUGAUUCUGGGGAGGAGGAAGCUCUCCUGGUUGAGCUGGACCAGGCCUAAGAGUAGUGGGAGCCCUGAGACCACAGAGUUUCUAUAAAUUUAAUAUAUUUAUCAAGCCAAAUGUGCAAAUGCUAACUGGACACUCUUCACAGUGGGCCCAGGACGUGCCUCUACCCUGCCCUCUUCUCAGCAGUGGGCAGGCCAAACUCUUUGGCGGCCCCAGUCACAAGAAGCUCAGAUUCUCUAGCUCGAGGUGACACUUUGCCCUCCCUGUGCUCCUUUCAGCUCCCCACCUCCAGGUAGGGAGCGGGAAUGGCAUCGGUAGGGCUUGGCCCUGAAUCGCAGUUGUUAGAGCCAGGAGGGGAACUCAGGAGAGCUGAGGGCGCCUGCAGGGAGGCCGUGAGGCCAGGAAAGAGGGUUCUGGUUGCCAGAGCCUGCGUGGGAAGGGGCAACAGCAGCUCCUUGGAACUAUUUCUGGGAAGACUGUGAUGCAGGGGGCCACUGCUCCCUUAGGUCCCCUCCUCCCUGCCAACAUCUAGGGCUUUGACCCUUUCUUUUUUAAUCUACUUUUGCUAAGAUGCAUUUAAUUAAUUAAAAAAAGGGACAAAAUGCAAACCUAUUUCCCUCGCCUCCUGGGCUUCUGGGAUGUGGAUGUCAUCACCUCCGGUUUGUAGGGUUUGUUUCCAACUGUUAAUAAAGCAUUGAAACGGUA